CAAUGACACUUUGUAAAGAUGGCUUUGAGGAGAAUAAUGAAAAUGAAAAAAUUGUACCAGGUACAUUACCAGAUGACAUUGAAAUAUCAAAAAGUUCAGAGGAUCUUUUAAAACGUUUGCUACAACCAGAUCCUCGUGCUAGACUUAAAUCAGUUUAUUUACUUCAAAGAAUAGCAUUUUUUAUGGGACACGAUAUUCAAAGUUACAAAUUAAAAAAAAUAUCACCAUUUCGUUUAUUAGGAAAAACUUUACAAGAUCCAGCUAGAUCAAUUAUUGAUCCAUUUAGAGAUUUCGAUUCUUUUAUUGGUGGCAGUACAAAUCGUAGAUGGAACUAAUGAUAAUAUUCAUUAAAUAUUAUAUAUUUAUAUUGAUAAAUAUUUAUUAUAUAUUUAUAUACUUUCAGCAGUAUUUUAACGUACAAAUAAAAUUAAUCUUUAUUUUUUAUAUUAAAUAUUUUUGUUAUUGUGUUUAUUGUUAUCAUUUUUUUUUUGUAAAUGUUAUUAAAAAAAAUUAUAUUUUCUCUUACAAACUCAGGUGUUAUUAUUAUAUAAUUUUUAUAAUUAUUAUUUAGAAAUUAUAUGAGUGAAAUUUAGUUUAUUUUAACGUCGUUGAAAAUAUAGACAAUUCUUUUAUCUUCUGUUGAUUUAUUGGAUUAAUUUUACAGUUCUGUCUUGGUCUUGAUUUAGCUAUUGUUAUAUUCAAUUAUUAUAGAAAUAAGUAUGGUGUUUAUAUUUGAAAAAUAUUUUUAAUUACAUUAAAGUCAUAAAAAUGUAAAUUAAAAUGAGGAAUAACGAUUUACCAAUUUAUUUGAAAAUGCAACGGAUCAUUGAAAAGAAAAAAAUAAUAAUUUAUACCAAAUAUACAUAAAAAUAAUGACUGAUAAAAGAAUAAAAAAACAAAUUUAAUAUUUAAAAUUUAAUCUUUAUUAAUAUUUGAAAACAAUAAAGAAACAAAAAACUCAUAUGGAUUCAUAUGGAAUAUUUAUUAACAAGUUUUAAUAACGUUUGAAGAUGAGGUAUGCCUUGCUUCCAAAUUGUUGGUCGAAGAGAUUCUAGAAAGAUAUAAAAGAACGAAAAAUUAAAUAUCAGUAAAAAUUGUAGUAAUUUUUUUGUAUUUUAUAAAUAAUUUAAAAUAAAAAUUCGGACAAGAAAC